UCUUUCCCCCCGCUUUCUCCCCCCCCCCUCUUUCUUUCGACCAUACCCCCCCCCACACACACGUCUUGAUCGGCAGGAUGGAUGGGUUCUGGGCAGAUCCCCCGGUCGGGGAUGAGGGUGACUUCGAUGCUGACUGGGACUUUGCCGUCCCGGCACAGGUGGACGUGGCAGCUAUCCAAACCUCCGACGCCACGGCCCCCAGCAGAGCCAGCUUCUAUUCUGUCCUUCGGGUGGAAAAUGUGGCCACCAGCUUUCAGACCGGUGAUGCGGACGAUGACGCUGACGAGCUCCCGGGCGAGGGGCGUUCCGCCAGCGAGCUCAAUCGAGCUGACGCGACCAUCUUUGCGGUCGACUGCGGCCCAACCAUGCGCAUGGGCACCCCGGCGGGAGCCCACAACGCGCUUCUCUGCGCUCUGUGGGUCAUUCGCGACAGCAUUUCCUCGGCACCCAAUGACCUGGCUGGGGUCCUUCUUUUCAAUACACAAGCCCCGGAAGGCGCCCGGUCCUCGGAGGAUGUUGGCGCGGAUUCCGGUGCCGCGGUCUUGCUGGACCUGGAUGUGGCGGAUGUGACGCGCAUUCGCCGACUGGAGUCCCUGUUGACCGACGAGGGGGCCGAGCGGCCGGCAAAGCUGCCGGCCCCUGGCGAUGCGCUGUCCAGCCCUGCUCGCCUCGCUGGGGACAGUCUCCUGGCGCAGUCCGGCUCCUCCAUGCUUGGCGGGGCCUUUCUCUCGCUCCUUCAGGCCAGCACCGCCGGUUCUGGGUGUGCCCCGGGCACCGGGGCCCGGUCUCGCUUCGAACAGGAGUUCCCCCCACUGACCGAGGCCGGGCAGGGAUCCCAGCCAGGGUGCAUGCCGCUUGCCCGGGUGCUGGAUGCCUGCGGGCGGCUGUUCAGCCGGGCAUCGGCCACCCGGCGUCUCGGCCGGCAGCGGGUGCUCCUCUUCACGAAUGAUCCUCGGCCGCAUGCGCCGGUGGGCGACCGGGCUCAAGAGGCUCGUCUCGAUCGCGAGGCAGCCAUCCGAGCAGCCGAUCUGGCCCAGCUGGGCAUCGCCCUGGAAUUGAUGCCACUCGACCCGCCCGGGGGCGAGGCCUUUGACUUCGGCGCCUUCUAUGGGACCUUCCUCGAGGCACCAGUCGGGCCGGAGCCCGGCGCUCCGGGCAUGGUCUCCGUGCCGGAGCGUAUCGAACGCAUGCUGGUGGCCAUUCGCCAGCGCCAGGGCCGCAAGGGAUUCUCCCCGCCGCUGCCGUUGGUUCUGUCACCGUCGGUAUGCAUUUCGGUGCAGCUAUACCCGUUGUUGACGCCAGGUCGGAAGCCAACCUAUGAGUAUGUGGACAUGCGAACCAAUGAGCCGGUCGUCAAUCAGAGUCGAUAUCAUAUCACGAACCCUGACACGGGAGUCCGCGAGGUGGUGGCCGCGCGGGAUGCCCAGCGGACCCUGGUCGUCGGAUCCGACGAAACGGACCCCGGGUCGCGGCUGCUGAUCCCCGGGCCGGGAAUCACCCAGUACGUGGACCGGCCUUUGCGGUCCGUCCUACUGGCGCACUAUGCCGGACAUGCGCGCGGCCCGGCCAAGGCCUCCGCCCCGGCAGGCAUCCAGGCCCCCCUGGUUGGCUCGGGGCAGCUGGGCACCGGGCUGGCGUUGCUUGGCUUCCGGCCAUUGGCCGAGGUGGACAUGUCACUGUUGUACCGGGCCACCCAGUUCCUGACCGGCUGCGAGGCCGACGUGGCCGGGUCCGAUGCGGUACUGGCGGCCCUGCUCCGGCGCACGGCUGCCCGUGGCCUGGCUGCCGUGGUGCUGUAUUCGACACGCACAGCCCCCCCGGCGCUGGCGCUGCUAAUCCCGGCCCCGCCCGGAGGCCUGCCAGCCGACCGGUGUGGCUUCUACUUUGCAUCUCUGCCUUAUCUGGAGGAUGUCCGCCCGGUGCAGGCCGUGGCCCCGGUGCCCGAGGAGGAGGCCGUCGCGUCGGCCGUGGCCACGGUGGCUGACAGCCUCAUCCAGGGGACCUUCUCCAUUGAUGACUUCCCCAAUCCUGCCAAUACUCUGCUCUACUCGACUUUGCAUGCACUGGCCCUGGGCCAGACAUCCGUCGAGGUUACGCAUGAUAGCACACGCCCGGCCCUGGAGGCCAUCGAGCAGCUGGCCGGUCCGGCACUACGUACCCUGAGCAAGCACCUGGACCAGUACCAGCUGGCCAAUGCCUCGCUACAGGUGCCGCCUGCGACCGGGGCCGGGCGCCGGCGCGCCGCCGCUGUCGACGCCGCCCCCACGGCCAAAAGGACCCGCGCCACGGCGGAGCCCGCAUCGGUGGAGGAGCACUGGCGCGCCGGCACGCUGAGCAAGCUAACCGUGCCCAUGCUCAAGCAAUUCCUCGAAAGCAUCGGCGUGGAGCACCCCCGCAUGACCAAGCCCCAGCUCAUUGGUCUGGUUGUCGAGCACUUCGAGCGGUGACCCCCCCCCCCCCCCCCCCCCUUCGCUCCCUUUCGCGGCAUACAUGCCACAAAAAUACACCACCCCGG